AUGACUAAAAAGCUUAGCCCACUCGAAAAAAGAAACAGGAAACCGGCCUCCAAGGCCUGUGUUUUUUGUCAUUCAAAACACUUGCAAUGUUCUAAUGAAAGGCCUUGCAAGAAUUGUGUGAAGCGAAACUUAGGCGACCAAUGCCACGACGUUGCUAGGAAACGUGCAAAGUACUUAAAUACAUCCAGCGGCAAGAACGUGAAAUCAAGGACAAAUUCAAUGCUGUCAAGCUAUAGAUCCCCCAGUGUAACGGAUUCUCCACAGAAUUUAUCUACGCAUAGCAUUAUUAAACAGGAACUAGAUUCAAACACGAAAGGAGAUGCACAGUCUAUACAACAAGCAAGCGUAACGCAGAACCCGUCUGAUGUAAAUAAUUUACUGCAAUACGUAGAUCAGAGACCCACGGCCCCCUCAAAUACAAUGCUAGACACAACGAACGAUGUUUUGAAUAAAUUAUUAUAUAGUGAACCAAUAGAAUCAGAUUCGAUGUCACUCAGAGAUUCGAUAUCUGAGCAACCUGAAAUAGAUUCGAACAGGAGAAGUAUAGAUACUAUGUUCAGUUCCAAUUACCUUAAUCAAGAAUAUCUAAUGUUAGGGGAUAUUAUAUUACACUCGAAGCCAUCCUCACCUUCUCCAUCAAAUACAAGUGCUUCUGAAUAUAAUGGUGAAGCUACAAUUUCGCCGGCCAAUACAUUGUUAAAUAAUACUAGGUUGGGUUUUGAUAAUUCAAAUGAAGGGAGCAUUUCAAAUUCUAAGAGGAAACUCAAUAAACUAAAAGAUUCAAGACCAUUCAUAGCUUUAGGCGUUUCAAACGAUACUCCAAUAAAUUUACAACCCGAAGGCAAUCUAAGUUUAGAUAACUUUACAACCAAAAACGAAAUUAUAAACAAAGACAACAUAUCAUCCAAUCUGCUCAAAACCGAUUAUGUAUCUCCCUUAAUAAGUCAUCACAUAUACCAGUCAGUCCAAGAUAUAUAUACGCAUAGUAUCACUAAUUUUGAUUAUCCACAGUCAUAUCACCUGUUAACCAACUUUUUAAAGAGGAGGUUUCUGGGAAACUCUCUAGCACCAGAACAGAGACAGGCCAAACGUAACAAUUUAUUAAUAAUAUUAAAGCUCAUUGCCAGUUACAGACCAACAUUUAUUUCUGCUCAUAAAAACUUGUUGAAGCCCUACGACUUAUUGUUUUUGGAAAUGUCCUUUCAGAGAUCUUUAAUAGAUUACGAGAAAUUACUACUUUUUAAUUCUUCUCCAUCAAUUAUAUGGCGUCGAACAGGUGAGAUAGUUUCUAUUUCUAACGAUUUACUAAGCAUAUUAGGCUUUAAUUUAUCGGACAUUUUAUCCAAACGGACUUUUAUAAUGGAAUUAAUGUAUGACGAUGAGUCAAUUAUUAAUUACUUUAAAUUGUUUAAAUCGGUAGCUGUUGUUAAUUUGCACCUGAGUAUUAUUACGAAAUGUAAAUUAAUAAAAAACUCUACUGCCGCAUUUAACAAUGAAGCUUCGGAUGUGGCAGAUAGAGAGUACAUUGAAUUUUGCUCUGCAUGGACCGUUAAAAGAGACCCCUUUGAUAUUCCAAUGUUAAUUAUUGGUCAGUUUUUACCAAUAUUACCUGGUGGAGAAGGUGUAAGGAAGUAUUGA